AUGAUCCGCGUUAUCUCAGGUGGUGGUAACAGCGAUUCGCCGCGAGAGACACUUGUCGCUGCGCGCCGACAACCGGUCAGGCUGAUCAUCCACAAUCCGUCCGGUGUUCGACGCCCAUCACUGUCUUCGACAACCCUUAAUUCAGACAAAACAGAUGCGGGCAUCGAGUUGGAUGCACUGCCGACGCAUCCGCUGAAGCGUGGUCGUAUGGUUAACAGUGGUCGACCAUCGCUUGAUUUUGAAAAAAUGCGCGAACGUUUGGUAGUAAGUAACGUUUGUGGUAUUGGAUCUCAAGAAUUUGUUGACUCAGCAAUGGGUGAUAGCGAUAAGGACAUAGAAAAACGAAAACACGAUUGGGCGCUUACAACUUCUACCUCAGGUGGUCGGCGUUGUGCACAGCACCAACAGGUGCGCUGCCAACAAACGGAUUGCACGUUUCGGUCCGUCGACUGUGAUACACAGACAGCUGGCAUUGCUGGAGGAGGAGGAGGAGGAGUUGCCGGUGAGCAGUGA